GGGAAACUGAAAAACAGUUUGCCUCCGCUGCGAAUGUCAAGUCCAUGGGACACAAGCAAGGAAGUAUAGAAAAACCAAAUCCGAGGAGCUCAAAAAACGAAACGAACUAAGCUACAUGAAAUGUUGACCAUGCUGAGGAGCAACGCAAAGAAAAUCAAAAUCACUAAUUGGCCACUGACCCAUUGCCGCGGAUUCUUGGCACUGGCUACAUCCGAUAUCGCAUCAAAUAAAUCACAUUCUCAGGAGGAGGACAGAGCGGUCACCAUGAAAGUACCCCAUUUUAUAGGCUCGAAGUGUGUUCAAAAUCAAAAUCAGCUUGCGAAUGGAAAAGGAAAGAAGUUCACCUACAACUAUCAUUCAUUUUCGAUUUACGAUUUAAAUGAGGCCACUUUACGGGCCAAGCAGGCGACAACCGACUACUACAAGUAUAUAGAACAAAUGCAAAAGUUACAGAUUGAAUACGUGAAAAAGUAGUUGUUCUAAAGAACACACGUGUCGACGGCUAUCAUCGUGGUGACGAAGCGCAACUAGGCAACUAAUUCCAUUCCAAUUAAAUGUCUAUACUACAUUCAAAGUUUGUAACAAGCAAAAAUGUUUGUAGUUUUGUUAGUUCAAAUGUUUUCGGGUGUAUGAA